CGACCAUUAUAACCUUACUUGAGAAAUACGUGGCACUAGAAAGUAAUUCCGGCAAACAAAAAUAAAACAGUGACAAUUGAAUAAAAUUAAGAAUAUAUUAUAAAAAUGAAGCUUAUAAACGGAUUACUAAUUAUUACUUGUCUUAUCUAUAAUACACAUGCAUAUUUUAUCACCGUGGAUGCACAUACAGAAGAAUGCUUUUAUGAAAGAGUUGAAAAAGAUACUAAAAUGGGUCUUACAUUUGAAAUAGCAGAAGGUGGAUUUUUGGACAUAGAUCUAAAAAUUGUAGGACCAGAUGGUAAAGUUAUUCAUAAUGGAGAACGAGAAGGUGGAGGAAAAUAUACGUUUGCUGCAUAUGCGCCUGGUGUAUACACUUAUUGCUUUAGCAAUCAAAAAAGCACAUUAACGUCCAAAGUAGUUAUGUUUAAUAUGGAAGUAAGUGAGCCCUCUAAAGCUACAGAUGAGCACAAUACUGAGGGUGAUGAUGGAGUUAAUCACAGAAAAUUAGAUGAUAUGAUCUCGGAUUUAAGUAAAAGUCUAUCAGGUGUAAAGAAUGAACAGGAAUACAUGCAGGUACGUGAUCGAAAUCACCGCGCUAUCAAUGAAAGUACAAACUUCCGAGUGGUAUUAUGGUCAAUUUUCGAAGCUUCUGUAUUAGUUUCAAUGACCUUCGGUCAAAUAUUUUACCUCAAACGGUUCUUUGAAGUAAGACGGGUAGUUUAAUAUUUAAUAAUGUAAGUAGAAAAAUAAAAAAUAAGUGUAAGAAGUCA